GUUUUAGCAAAAGCCAUUCCAUCUGUCAAAUAAAAUUGUGCUGUGUUGUAUCUCGUCAAAGAAGAAUAUUUUCGCCGGAAUUCUUUUUGUAUAAAAUUCAUUUUUAUUCCAAUUUACACAAAGAAAACUAUUUUGAAUUAUGGAUCGCCUACUUCGUUUAGGAGGUGCUAUGCCCCAAGCCCCACCACCAACAGAUGCCCCUGUUGUAGAUACAGCCGAACAAGUCUACAUUUCGUCACUGGCUUUGUUAAAAAUGCUCAAACACGGUCGUGCCGGAGUCCCCAUGGAGGUCAUGGGUCUGAUGUUGGGUGAGUUUGUUGAUGAUUACACUGUCCAGGUGAUCGAUGUGUUUGCUAUGCCACAAACUGGUACUGGUGUCUCUGUGGAGGCUGUGGAUCCAGUUUUCCAGGCGAAAAUGUUGGACAUGCUGAAACAGACUGGCCGCCCCGAAAUGGUCGUGGGCUGGUACCAUUCCCAUCCUGGUUUCGGAUGCUGGUUGUCCGGUGUCGAUAUCAAUACCCAGCAAUCGUUCGAGGCUCUGAGUGAGCGCGCCGUUGCUGUGGUCGUUGAUCCCAUUCAAUCGGUGAAGGGUAAAGUUGUCAUUGACGCUUUUCGACUGAUCAACCCGAAUAUGUUGGUUCUGGGUCAAGAACCCCGCCAAACAACAUCAAAUUUGGGACAUUUACAAAAACCCUCGGUGCAAGCGCUGAUCCAUGGCCUGAAUCGUCAUUACUAUUCCAUCAGCAUCAACUACAGGAAGCAUGAGCUGGAACAGAAAAUGUUACUCAACCUGCAUAAGAAAUCAUGGAUGGAUGGUUUGACUUUAGCCGAUUACAAUGAGCAUUCCUCCAUCAACGAGAACACCGUAGCUGAGAUGUUAGAAUUGGCCAAGAACUAUAAUAAGGCUCUCGAAGAUGAAGAAAAGAUGACUCCCGAACAACUUGCCAUCAAAAAUGUUGGUAAGCAGGAUCCUAAACGGCAUCUCGAAGAAAAGGUGGACAAAGUAAUGCAGAACAACAUAGUCCAAUGUCUAGGCGCCAUGUUAGACACAAUAGUAUUUAAAUAAUAAUCCAUGUUCUCAUCAAUGUUUAUUUUUUUAUAAUUCAGUUUAUAUUUAUAAAUAAUAACCUUUUUUUUCUAUCAUUGAAUUCUUUCUAACAAAUACUGCAAUUCAAACAAAAAAGUAAUGAAAAUGAAAAUAGGUAUUUCAAACCAUUAAUGAGAAAUAUAAGUUCUUGUUUUUCUUUUUUAAUGAUUCACAAAAUAUAUUAUAAACAAAAGAAAAGAA